AUGCAUCACCCCCCGAAAUCCGUCCUGCGACUCGUCAGAUUUGUGGGCCUGCUCAUCGUGCCCAAGCUGCUGGCCCACGGCGGUGAUGCAGUAAUCAAAGAGGCGGUCGAGGCGGUCGGCUUCGAUUUCCUCUGUCGCCUGCUGCUGCCGCUGACCCGGCGCCAGCAGCAGCGGCAGCAGCACCAGCGGCAGCAGCAGCAGCAGCGGCAGCAGCAGCAGCAGCAGCAGCAGCAGCAACAGCAGCAUGCAGGAGAUCAGGAGGCGCUCCAGUGCUGCCUGGCGCUCUCGGUGAUAGGUGCAGCCUGCAGGGUGCCCGAGCUGGCCAGCGGCGAUGACGUGCGUGCGCUGCUGCCUGAACUGCUGUCGGUUAUCACGGCCGGCGGCGUCAGCCGUGCGUUGGGCUCAACAGUUGCUGGCGUGCCUGACGCGAUUGCAGAGGGGGCCGAGGCGGACAGCGAGGGUGAUGCGCUGGAAUGCGUGCUCGCGGCCUGCAGCGCCCCCGGCGCCGCCGGCGCUGAGGCCGCGAGGGAGGCGGCGGCCGCCGGCGGCGUCGCCGCGGCCACGGCCGCACUGCGGCGCGGCGUCGCAGCGGGCGCGGCGUCCUCGCGUGCAUUCAUGGCUGUGCGGCUGGUGGGGCUGCUGCUGGGAGGAAUGGCAGCUGGGAAGCGCCAGCAGCUGCUGGCAUCAUCGCCAAGUACAGCAGCAGAGGCGGUGCUGCUGUUGGCCCAAAUGUUCGGCGCCGAGGGCGGCAGCGGCGGCGGCGGCGGCGGCCAUGCCGCUGCAACCAGCCCCGGCACUGGCAGCACGCCCCCAGCAGUGGGCUGCGGCAGCGUGGAUGCAGCCAUGUGCCAACUGGAGGCGCUGCACGCGCUGCUGCUCCUGCUUCCCGCGGUUGGCAGCGGCGGCGACGCCGCCGCUGCCGUGCUGCUGCGCUCUCCCCGGCCCUGGCCGUCGCAGCUCAAGGCCGGCCUUGCGCGCCUGCUCGCCAGCCGCGUCGGGGACGUCCAGAAGCGCUCAGCGCUGCAGCUGGCUGCAGCUGCCACGCAUCUGCUCGGGCCCCGGUGGCUGCUCCCGGGCGCCAACUCGGCGGGGCCGACGGCGCAUGAAGACGAGCUGCGGUUCUUGACUGUUCUGACAGAGGUGCUGUGUGUCGAGGCACCGCUGCUGCUGAGCGACGCGAUGGAUGAGGACGCGCGCGUGCCCGACCGCAGGGCCCCAAGCGCGGCUCGUGGCGCAGCGGCCGUGGCUGCACAGGUUGGGGCCGAGGGGCGGCAGGCGGGCGUGGAGGAGGCGGACGAUGGCGGCGAUGAGAUGGCGGAGGGCAGCAGCGGCGACGAAAACGAAGGGAUGGCGGCGGCGACCGAGCAGCCAUUUGAGGGCAGCGGCGGAGGAGCGCCCAGCCCCCAAGCGACGGAGCCCGGCCACGCCGCCACGUGGCAGCCGGCGAGCCGGCGCGCCGCCGAGCAGCUGCCUGCCUGCUACCUGCUGCUGGAGGCCCUAACCAGUGCUGUCUCAGAGGAGUCGGCCCUGAUGGACCAGCUGGCUGACCUGGAUGCGGUCAACCCCGCAGGCGACCCGCCACGGCUGCCCGUGCUGGGGGAGGCCGCGGCGGGGCAGCUGGUUCGGCGGCUUGGGGAGACUGCAAAGGUCAUCCUCGAGUUUCUCGAGUACAUGGAGCAGCAGCACGAGGGCACAGCCACCAAGGACCCCCUUGUCUUGGGGGCGAUCAGGGUCCUGGGCAGGUGA